GACCUUUUCUCGUUUUUUUCUCUCGCUAGCACCUUGCCUCCUUGCGAUUUGCGAGCGCCGCAUCGACCCCCACCGCCGACGAACGCCGCGCCGCCGACGUCCUGCCUUCUCCUCGCCGGCGAGCGCCGUUCCGCUGUACCCUCCGUGAUUCCGCCCCAACCUCUGCGUCCGAAUCUCCCGCGAAACAGUCACGGCGAUGGCGGCGGCCGGUGGCGUUUCAACUGACGAUGUCCCGAUCCUGCAGGCAGAGAACCUCACCAGCAACGUCAAGUCCGUCUACUACAGUCGAACAUUCUUGUCAAUCAUUGGUGGAGUUGUUGCUGGAAUCUGGGGAUUCACAGGCUUGAUGGGGUUUGUCUUCUACUUUCUGAUAAUGAUGGUUGCAUCUAUUGGGCUCUUAGCGAAGUCAAAGUUUUCAGUCCAGGCGUACUUCGAUAGUUGGACCAGGAUUUCAAUUGAAGGAGUUUUUGGUGGCCUGAUGUCAUUCGUGCUGUUUUGGACAUUUGCUUAUGACAUUGUUCACAUCUUCUGACGGACAUAGAAAGAGCUACACUCCGGAGGAAACACGGAAUCGUCGACGAUGAACAUUCCCAAUUGGCUUUUUGUACACUCAAUUUUUGUAUUGGUAAUUGAUAUAGUCUGUAGUGAGACUAUAUCGGUGUAGACCUAAGCAAAGCUCAUGAACUUUGCAUUUCCUUGGAUGAUCCGUAGCAGUUGCAAUUUUUCAUUUCAAGUGAUGGAUAUGAACUUUGAUGUUUUCUGGCACAAUGUUUUGUACCCUCGAGUUUUCUGGCACUUCGAUUGAUGUACACACUUCUCAAUGCUUCAACUGAUCGAGUCACUGUUAACU